AGGACUCUGCCGCUACUUCUCUCCGCCGCACCGGAGACGUUCUGAUGACUAAAGAGGGACACAGAUGUAACUGCUUCACUUCUUUGUUUGCUGCCACUGCUUGAGGACAAUUUGAACAACAACGUGGGACAAAUAAACUACUACAAACGGACCUCAGUUUUUUUUUUUUUUCCUUCUACUUAUUGACACAUGCUUUCUGCCUGACUAAAUCAUUUCGAGUUUGCUGCCAAUUUUUUUUUUUUUUUUAACUGGCUAAGGACAGGUGCUUUUAUAAGCGUUUCACUGCGGAUUUUAAAUACAUAACAUUGUUUGCUUCACUGCGUGAAGUCGAUUUUAAAUAUACCUUGCAGCUUCACAUUUUGCCUAGUGCAAAUUCCCCUUUUUCAGUAGAGUUUUGCUUUUAGCAUAACUUUAUUUGCUCAAGACUAAACACAGAAACACGUCGUUCUGCUUUAAUGACAAUUAAACCCUUUUGUAAGUUUUUUUUUCUAUUAUUAUUAUUUUUAAUUAACUGAGCUUAUUAUUUUGCGCGAACUCACUUUCGUUCAUUUUUGUCCAAUCUUACACAUUGUUCUGUUACAAAGUCUUGAAGAUGCAGCUGUUUUUCUUUGGUGCAGUUUUGCUUUCUUUUUAUGGUCUUGAUAAGGCUGAGCCAGGACCGAAGUGCCCAGCGCACUGUGCUGUGAGCAAAUGCCCCAGCCCCAGUUGUCCAAGCGGCUAUGUACCUGACCGGUGUAACUGCUGCCUGGUGUGCGCGCAUGGCGAGGGUGAGCCUUGCGGGCGCAAAGAUGAUUUACCGUGUGGGGACGGACUGGAGUGCAAGCAGCCGGCAGGCAAGCGCUUUGCAAAAGCUGUCUGUCAAUGCAAACUAGGAUACAAAGUGUGUGGCAGCGACGGCAAGACUUACCGCAACGUUUGCCAGCUGAAAUCUAUAAGCAGGAAAGCGCAACAGCAAGGACUGCCCACUAUUACCCAGGUUCAGAAAGGAGCUUGCGAAUCAGGUCCUCAACACCCCAACAGUCCAAGAUACAAGUUUAACUUCAUUGCAGAUGUCGUUGAGAAGAUUGCACCUGCAGUCGUGCAUAUUGAGCUCUUCUUAAGACAUCCACUGUUUGGACGCAAUGUCCCUUUGUCCAGUGGUUCAGGAUUUAUUACGUCUGACACUGGCCUGAUUGUGACAAAUGCUCAUGUUGUAUCAAGCACAAGCACAAGUGCAGGUCGACAGCACCUGAAAGUGCAACUACACAAUGGUGAUACUUACGAGGCCACAAUCAAAGACAUUGACAAGAAGUCAGACAUAGCAACGAUAAAGGUUAACCCUCAGAAAAAGCUGCAGGUGUUGUUGCUGGGCCUCUCUUCUGACCUCAGGCCUGGAGAAUUUGUUGUUGCUAUAGGGAGCCCCUUUGCUUUGCAAAACACAGUAACUACUGGUAUCGUCAGCACGGCUCAGAGAGAUGGGAAAGAGCUGGGCCUCAGGGAUUCCGAUAUGGACUACAUUCAAACAGACGCUAUUAUCAAUUAUGGAAAUUCAGGAGGCCCUCUAGUAAAUCUGGAUGGAGAGGUGAUUGGAAUCAAUACCUUAAAGGUGACUGCUGGAAUCUCAUUUGCUAUUCCUUCUGAUCGAAUCAGACGGUUCCUCAACGAGUCUAAUGACAAACACAGCAAAGAGGUUAAAGCUGUGAAGAAACGUUUCAUUGGCAUACGAAUGCUUUCUAUUACCCCAGCCCUGGUUGAAGAACUGAAGCAGCAGAAUGCAGAUUUCCCUGAUGUCAGCAGUGGCAUCUAUGUGCUUGAAGUCGUUCCAAACUCCCCAGCUCAAAAAGGUGGAAUCAAAGAUGGGGACAUCAUCGUCAAACUAAACGGACGGCCUUUGUCGACAACCAGCGAGUUGCUGGAAGCUGUGGUAAAUGAAUCUGCGUUGCUCCUGGAGGUUCGCAGAGGGAAUGACGACUUGCUCUUCAACAUUGAACCUGAUGUCAUAAUGCAGUGAAACUGGACUAAGUCAUUUAGAACUAUGAACAUGGUCCUUCAAAUGAGGGUGUUUUAGCUGGCCUUACUUCAAUGAGCCAAUGUGACUGGGCUGGAAGUCACUGCUCCCAAUUACUGCAGGACUGGCUACAAAUAUAGAAGCAUACUGAACCAGUGAUGAGUAAUGUAAGGUUUUGAGUAUUUUUCCCAAUUAUAUUUACAACAUUUCAUUUGUUUAAUUUAGUUGUCAUUUAGAAUUUUCUUCAGUACUUUUUUUUUGCACACAAAACUGUAUGAAAAACAACAGGUAAUGUUUUGAGUUGAAAUAUAGAUAUAUCAUGUGUAUUUCAGAGAAAUUGUACAGCAUAUGGAUUUCACUGUAUUCUAUAUAACAUGACGGUGGUUCAGGAAACCUAAACUUAUGUAACAUAUAUGUUCAUAUAUGAAAGUGGGCCAUAUAUACUGUAUGUAAGGUAAGACUGCUGACCAGAUGAGCACUUUUUUUUAUCUUGGCAGAUCUACAGAAUAAUUCUUAUAGAAUUGAUGUCAUAGCAAUGUACAGAGAUCUAUGCAACAGAAACAUCACAAAAAUCAAGCUGCAUGGACUCACAGCUGCUGUAGCGCACAUUGUUAAGGCAAGCUUUUGCUGGAGAGUAUAAUAUCAUUAUACCACAAUACCAAAAA